AUGACGGCAGUCCAGGCCAGCAUCCAGGCCCUGCAUGCGCACAUGGGGGCUUUCUCGGCAGGGGCCUCUGCGGAACUCGGGGCCCUGCGCCGGGAUGUGGAGCAACGCCCUGUGGUCGGAGCGACAGCAUACAGGCAUGCACUGCGUGCCAUCGGAGAAUCCCUGGAUUCUGCAGCGAUCGAAGUUCAGGGACUGGAGUCCCUGAGGUCGGGCUCCCUCCAGGAUGCUGUGUCUGACGGCGUGAGCACCUACCAGGCAGCAUGCCAGCAGAUUAAAGACCUGGAGUCCCUGCUAUCCGGCUAUGGCUACCGGGAGCCAUACGUGCCAGAGCCGCCCCUGGACCCCCUUGAAUUGAUGGAGCCGGAGGCAAGGGUGAAACAGGAGGAUGUACAGCUCCGGGCCCCACAGUCAGCCUCGCCGAUUGGACUCUUCCCGGGGUCCAGCCCCAUGUCCUCCUUUGCCGGCACGCCACCGCUGAUGAGUUCCUGGUUGCCCGCAGGGAGUGUCCUGGCUCAGGGGAGUGUGGUCCUUCAGGGUCCCCAGCUGACGACCAUGCGCAUGGCCAGGGCUCGACAGGACACCCCCUCCAGCCUGGCCUCCGCGGAGGAUUUCAGCCCCAGCAUGAGGGAGCUGCUUGGAAAGUACACCAGCAUGUCUGUUGCCAGCUCUGGCAGGCUCUCCUUCCCCGCCGGCAGUCAGUGGGCCCUCACCCCAGAACCUCUGCCCGCCAGCGCGCCGGCCAAUGCCUCGCCACUAGGAGCCCAGCAUGCCGCGACGCAUGCCUCGCAUCCCGUGGCUGAGCACGCCGUGGCGCCCUCGCCACCCCCGCCGCCGGCAUCGCGCGGCCAGCCCGGGAGCACCCCCCUCGACCUCUCCCGGGGUCUGGCAGGACAGGGGGAGGGCGCACCCACGCCCGGCCCCACCCCCUCCUUCAUGGAUCAGUACAGGUCGCGGUACCCCGCCAUCAUCGCGUCCGCGGAGCGAUACAUGGCCACGGCCGAGAAGAAAGAGCGGCCGAGCCGGUACGCCUUGGAGGCAGGCGAGUUUCCGCUCUUUCCUGAGCAGCCCCUGGCCCAGGCCGCCGAGGUGGGCGGCAUCUCUUCAGGAGUCGAGGAUGCUCGCCAGGACGCGCCGUCGAGGUCAAGCACAGCCCUGGACCCCAGCGGCAGAUUCCCUGCUUCAACACUGCACGGGGCGCAGGUGGCCGGCUCGGAGACCAUGGGAGCCCGCUCUGCGGCGGCCAGCCCCCCCUUCGGAGCCCCCUCACCGCCUCACAGUCGGAGGAUCGGCUGCGUGGCAGAAACGACCUACGCCACUCUUCCUGCAUUCAUCCGGGGCCAGCUGUCCCUCCAGCUCCUGAACAACACCCUGACCUCGCUCCAAGCAACCCUGGCGGCUACUGGUUCUGUCGAGUUUGGAGCCCGGGCCCUGGAAGAGCUGGGAGUCGGGGUGAAGGCCAAAGUGUUCAUGAAUGCCCUGCUGAAACUGAAGCUGGCCAGCCUCCGUGUCCUCCCGGGCCAGGAAACGGUAUAUGUGCUGGCUUGA